GCCCCGUAGAAAUCUCCGCGGCCCUGGGGCCGCUUGCUUCCUGUUUGUCGUACGAGAAGACAUGGCGGCGGCGCCGGCGUCUGCUGGGUCUGGGGCCGACCGAGGGCGACGGGCAGCGGCAACGGUGGCGGCUUGGGGCGGAUGGGGCGGCCGGCCGCGGCCCGCUAACAUUCUGCUGCAGCUGCGGCAGGGCCAGCUAACUGGACGGGGCCUGGUCCGGGCGGUGCAGUUCACUGAGACUUUUUUGACGGAAAGGGACAAACCGUCCAAAUGGAGUGGAAUUCCUCAGCUGCUCCUUAAGCUGUAUGCAACCAGCCACCUCCACAGUGACUUCGUUGAGUGCCAAAACAUCCUCAAGGAAAUUUCUCCUCUUCUCUCCAUGGAGGCUAUGGCAUUUGUUACUGAAGACAGGAAACUUACCCAGGAAACCACUUAUCCAAAUACUUAUAUUUUUGACUUGUUUGGAGGUGUUGAUCUCCUUGUAGAAAUUCUUAUGAGGCCUACAAUCUCCAUCCGGGGACAGAAACUGAAAAUAAGUGAUGAAAUGUCCAAGGACUGUUUGAGCAUCCUGUAUAAUACCUGUGUCUGUACGGAAGGAGUUACAAAGCGUUUGGCAGAAAAGAAUGACUUUGUGAUCUUCCUGUUUACACUGAUGACGAGUAAGAAGACAUUCUUACAAACAGCAACCCUCAUUGAAGAUAUUUUGGGUGUUAAAAAGGAAAUGAUCCGACUAGAUGAAGUCCCCAACCUGAGUUCCUUAGUAUCCAAUUUCGAUCAGCAGCAGCUUGCUAAUUUCUGCCGGAUUCUAGCUGUCACCAUUUCAGAGAUGGAUACAGGGAAUGAUGACAAGCACACACUUCUUGCCAAAAAUGCUCAGCAGAAGAAGAGCUUGAGCUUGGGGCCUUCUGCAGCUGAAAUCAACCAAGCGGCCCUUCUCAGCAUCCCUGGCUUUGUCGAGCGGCUUUGCAAGCUGGCAACUCGAAAGGUGUCAGAAUCCACGGGCACAGCCAGCUUCCUUCAGGAGUUGGAGGAGUGGUACACAUGGCUAGACAACGCUUUGGUGCUAGAUGCCCUGAUGCGAGUGGCUAAUGAGGAAUCAGAACACAGUCAAGGGGCUUCUGAGGAGAAUGGCCUGCCUCACACUUCAACUAGGACGCAGCUGCCUCAGUCAAUGAAGAUUAUGCACGAGAUCAUGUACAAACUGGAAGUGCUCUAUGUCCUGUGCGUGCUGCUGAUGGGACGUCAGCGAAACCAGGUGGGCCUCUCCCCCACAGCUCAGAAUGGGGAGUCAGGAGACAUCACCUUGAAGAUCCAGUUUUUGAGGCUGCUCCAGAGUUUCAGCGACCACCACGAAAACAAGUACCUGCUGCUGAACAACCAGGAGCUGAAUGAGCUCAGUGCCAUCUCCCUCAAGGCCAACAUCCCCGAGGUGGAAGCCGUCCUCAACACGGACAGGAGUUUGGUGUGUGAUGGGAAGAGGGGCUUAUUGACUCGUCUGCUGCAGGUCAUGAAGAAGGAGCCAGCUGAGUCAUCUUUCAGGUUUUGGCAAGCCCGGGCUGUGGAGAGUUUCCUCCGAGGGACCACCUCCUAUGCAGACCAGAUGUUCCUGCUGAAGCGAGGCCUUCUGGAGCACAUCUUGUACUGCAUUGUGGACAGUGAGUGCAAGUCGAGGGAUGUGCUCCAGAGCUACUUUGAUCUCCUGGGGGAGCUGAUGAAGUUCAAUGUUGAUGCAUUCAAAAGAUUCAAUAAGUACAUCAACACUGAUGCAAAGUUCCAGGUGUUUCUGAAGCAGAUCAACAGCUCACUGGUGGACUCCAACAUGCUGGUGCGCUGCGUCACUCUGUCACUGGACCGAUUUGAAAACCAGGUGGACAUGAAAGUUGCUGAGGUCCUGUCUGAGUGCCGCCUUCUAGCCUACAUAUCCCAGGUUCCCACGCAGAUGUCCUUUCUCUUCCGCCUGAUCAAUAUCAUCCAUGUGCAGACCCUGACCCAGGAGAAUGUCAGCUGCCUCAACACCAGCCUCGUGAUUCUGAUGCUGGCCCGACGGAAAGAGCGGCUGCCCCUGUACCUGCGGCUGCUUCAGCGGAUGGAACACAGCAAGAAGUACCCCGGCUUCCUGCUCAACAACUUCCACAACCUGCUGCGCUUCUGGCAGCAGCAUUACCUGCACAAGGACAAGGACAGCACCUGCCUGGAGAACAGCUCCUGCAUCAGCUUCUCAUACUGGAAAGAGACCGUGUCCAUCCUGUUAAACCCGGACCGCCAGUCACCCUCUGCCCUUGUCAGCUACAUCGAGGAGCCCUACAUGGACAUAGACAGGGACUUCACCGAGGAGUGACCUUGGGCCAGGCCUCCGGAGGCUGCUGGGCCAGUGCGAGUCACACGCCCUGCCCUGUCCCUACCCCUGCCUUCCUGCUGCUCUCUGCCUGCCCCAGGUCUUCAGGUACAGGCUUGGUGGGAGGGAGUGUCUAGAAGACCUUGGCCCCUGGGUCUGAGAGCCCCAGCAUCCAUCAUUGGGGAACCUCAGUUCCCUCAAGAUCCCCAUGAUGAAGACGAGGGCACUAGCCCACCCUUCGUUCAGAGCCUUGGGGCCCGCCCAGAGGUAAGGGGACUUUUCAUAGUAGCUCUGUCUGAGCUCCUGCCCAGUCUCUUGGCUGUCAGUCCUGGGGUGGGGAGGGAGAUACGUGCACCCUCCCCCAAUCUGUGAGCCACGCUUGCCCCGGCCUUUGGACCCAGGCAAAGGCCUCUGAGCCCUGGGCAGGGGUGGGGGAUACGAGAGAAUGCUACCCUCCCCCAAGCCUGCCCAUCCGUCCCUCCCUCCCUCAUUUUCCUUUAGCUCCUCUGGUUCUGUUUGCUCAUUGGCCGCUGUGUUUAUCCCAGGGGGUUCCCCCAUAAAUGGAGGACCUUUCCUUCCAUCCCUUGCGGCACGGGGUGGCUGUGCCCAGCCCCUGCCCCACAGCAGCGUCUCCUGCCUGAGCCGACACACAGGAGCCUGCCUGGGAGCACACCCUUGGCCCCUCCUUGUGUUGCCAAUUUAUUAACAACAAACCAAUUAAGUGGAGACUAUUAAAGAACUUUAUUUUAAA